AUGGAGGGUUAUUCAAGAAAAGAUGAAGAGUGUCCUCAGUUACUGGAUUUGAUUCCAAAGGAGAAAGAAUGGUUUACAAUAAGUGCACAAGAAAAACAAACAAGCCAUGGAUCUUCAGAGGAAAAACAGCUUGAGCUAAGGCUUGGUCCACCAAUUGGAGACUGGACCAUAAAAAAUAACCAUGUUUCAAGAGAAUCUUUUGAUUAUUUCUUUCCAUGGACAUCUUCUUCAGGCUACCAAGUGCAAUCUCAGCAGCCAACGACGCCGUUUCUCCAAGCACAUGACCAGGUGAAGGAAUCCUCACAGCCCAAUUAUACUGUUGCAGAAAAGAAGACAUUUUCAGCUGCUAAUACAGCUCUGCCCAACAGCAGCAGUGCUCAGAAAAGAAUUGCUCCUACAUCGGUCGUGGGAUGGCCUCCUAUUCGUUCAUUUAGAAAGAACCUUGCAAACGGAAAUUCUUCUAAACCUGUCUCCGAGUUGCAGAAUGCAGCUGGCAGCAGAAUUUCUGGGGAAAAAGCUAUUGAAAAUACCCCUCAAAGCUUGCUUGUGAAGAUCAACAUGGACGGAGUUCCCAUUGGAAGAAAAGUCAAUCUUAAAGAACACGACAGUUAUGAAAAUCUCUCCUCUGCUGUUGAUGAACUCUUUAGAGACCUUCUUGCAGCUCAAAGCAAUUUUUCGGCUGGUGGAAUCAAGAACGAGGAAGACGGAGGGAAGGCAAUUACGGGUUUAUUGGGCGGAAGAGGUGAAUAUACCUUAGUCUAUGAAGAUAAUGAAGGGGACAGGAUGCUUAUUGGGGAUGUCCCUUGGCACAUGUUCGUAUCAAGUGUGAAGAGAUUGCGUGUACUGAAAAGCUCCGAACUUCCUACACUAUGCCGUGGGGGGAAAACAGAAAGCUUCCUUGAAACUUCACCGAAAUGA